AGGAGAAGCGAAGCUCUUAUCAUUGGUUCCUCCUUGUCACGGUGAAACCAAAGAGCCUUUAGGCUUCAGGUACCAAAGCGCUUGGUGGGACGUUGGGAAGAGAAGCCCAUCCUUUCCCCCGCCGUAGCCUGCCAGAUUUUGGUAUGGAGUUUCAAGCUGUGGUGAUGGCUGUAGGUGGUGGAUCCCGCAUGAUGGAUCUGACCUCAAAUAUCCCUAAAGCUCUUCUUCCUAUUGGUAAUAAACCCUUGAUAUGGUACCCACUCAACCUGUUGGAACAAGUUGGUUUUGAAGAAGUCAUUGUGGUUACAACGAAAGAUGUUCAGAAAGUGCUAAACUUGGAGACAAAACUGAAGCUGGAUAUUGUAUGUAUUGCUGAUGAUGCAGAUAUGGGAACUGCAGACUCGUUACGGCAAAUUCAUGAGAAAAUAAAGUGGAACAGCGUGACUUCAUUGGAGUAGAUGACUCAGAGAAGAGGUUGCUUUUCAUGGCCAAUGAAGUAGAUCUGAAUGAAGAAAUUGUCAUUAAGAGAUCUAUCCUUCAAAAGCAUUCACGAAUUCACAUUAGGACAGGUUUGAUGGAUGCUCAUCUGUACUGUUUGAAGAAAUGUGUCAUAGACUUCCUUGUGGAGAACAGGAGAUUUACUUCAAUCAGAAGUGAAUUGAUCCCAUACUUGGUUAGAAAGCAGUUUUCCUCUCCUGCACAAUUUCAGCAGGACCAAAACCACAAAGAGCAAGACCAAAAGAAAAAGGACCAGAAAACAGACAUUUAUAGCUUUAUGAAGGGUGAUAGCUGGUUUGAAUUGGGUACAGACAGAAUAUGCUGGAACAAUUGCAGAGGAGAUGUAAAAGAGGCAUUCCAUGGAGGAAACAUUCGUUGUUAUGUUCACAUCAUGAAAGAUGGACUAUGUUACCGAGUUAACACUCUUGGACUAUAUAUUGAAGCAAACAGGCAGGUUCCCAAAAUGCUACCUUCACUUUGUCCUGAAGAACCUCUGGUUCAUAGUUCUGCUCAGAUUAUUGAUAAGUGCAUGGUUGGAUCUGACAGCAUUGUAGGUGCAUCAUCUCAAAUAGGCGAAAAGACUUCAGUAAAGCGUUCUGUCAUUGGUACUUCAUGCUUGAUCAAAGACAAAGUUAAAAUUACUAACUGCAUCAUCAUGAAUUCUGUCAGAAUUGAAGAGGGGUGCAGCAUACAGAAUUGUGUUGUUUGUCAUCAUGCAGUGAUAGAGAAAGGAAGUGACCUCAAGGACUGUUUGAUUGGAAAUAGCCAGCACCUGGAAACUAAUUCUAAACAUGCAAAUGAAGUUAUUAUGGGCACUGAACAGCUGAUGGAAAUCUGAGUCUGGCAGAAUUGAAGGAUGGAUUUCUGGCAACCUGAACCAAUAGCUCAGCUGGAGAUUGUGCUACAUGAAUUUCUCCUGGCAUCACUGACGCUGACAGCCACUCCUGCUCCAACUUCUUCUUUACCUCUUAAUAAAGAAAUAUUUACAACGA